AAACAGAAACAAGGGAGAGCAGCACAAUCAAGCACGAAAAUAGUACAUUGAGUAGUGCGUGUGAGUAAAUAAACAGUGAAGUGGUUGGUUUCUAUGCGUGCAAAAAGGAAGCAUUCCGCUUUGUUCUCAUAUGUGCGCACAGAUGACGCGUAAUUGAAUUACGUUUGAGCUCAUUUCCACUUUGACAUAACGUCGGAAACUCUUGGGACACAAUUCUAUUAUACUAACGAGCUGCGCACAAUGGGCUCGUUUUGCUCGUGCUGGAACAGAUAUUCUAGAACUGUGUCUCUCCUUCUCGUUGGAUUAGAUAAUGCAGGAAAAACUACAGCAGUGAAAGGUCUAGCUGGAGAACCCACAGAGCAUACUGUGCCGACCAUAGGAUUUUCUUGUACGGUUAUUCGGUCAAAACGCAAUCAAGUAAAGGUUUUUGAUCUUGGAGGUUUGCCAAACAUCCGAGGGAUUUGGGACAAAUAUUUUGCAGACGUGCAUGGGGUAAUUUAUGUGGUGGAUGCUAGCCAGAUUGAUAGAAUCGAGGAAAGCAAAGCUGAGCUUGAAAAACUGAUUGCGCAUGAAAAAAUUAAAGGGAAACCACUUCUUCUAUUGGCCAACAAACAAGACCUUCCAGGAGCGUUGGACGAGUUGGAUUUGGUUGAAAAACUAAAUCUGGAGCACCUGGUCAAUGCUUACAAGUGUCCAACCACUGUGGAAACGUGUGCCGCCAUCCUCAGCCCAGAUCCAGCGAUUCAAAGUGGAUUCAACUGGCUCAUCGAAUCGGUCAUGAAUGAUUUCACGGUGCUGGACACGCGGGUCAGCGCUGACCUGGCGACCCAAGAGGCUGAGCAGAAGAUUCUUAGAGAAGAGCGGCUGGCGCGUGUCGAACAGUUGCGGAAAGAAAGGGAACCAGUGACAGAGGAAAUAGUUGAAGACUCCAACCAGUUUGAAGUCAGCCCCUUCCGUCCAAUAGAGGAGAUUGUGGCGGAUAAUAGACCAGGCCCAAAAAUGAUACUUGUGCAGCAAUCUCCUCCACCGCCAGAGAGUCCAUCACGAGUGUCUGAAGUGGAGGUCUCUUCCAAAGUGUCAAUGAGUACAAAUUCAACAGUAGAAAUGAGGCCUGUGGUGGAAGAGCCAAAAAAGAGAAGUCUGCUCCCAUUGAGAAGCAACAAAACCGCUCCAGCAGAGGACACAAGUCCUUCCAGGAAACAGAUUAGCUCUCUUCCACCUCUGAAGCAGAAAAGUCCGGUGACAGAGCCGGCGGUUCCAUGGAUCAAACCAGUCCUGAAUGCUGGAGAGCGGAAUGGAAGUGCAACCAAAGAAAAUGCGUGGGAUGAGCCCUCAGAUACAUUUCGUCUUGCUGAAGUUCCAAAUGGGUUGCACCGUCCAAAAAUUCCAAAUGGACAUUGAUAUUACUUAAUUUUUCUUUCUUAUUUAUUUUGUUAAUUUUUUAGACGUUUUUAUAAAGCACCAUUAGUUAUGGGACAUUUAUUUUUAUACAUAUGGCAGAAAAUAUCACAUAAGCAAUUUCGCAAUUUGCAUUUUUAAAUUUUUGUAUUUUCAUUAAGAAUGAUUAACGUUUUAUUGUGAUGAAUUAUGACUAAUAAUUGAUAUUUAAAUGACUCAUGCAAAUCGCGAAUCGCGAAAUUUUUAACAUUGUCAUGUAAGAAUAUUAAAAUUUUUUAAAAUAUAAAUCUCCAUGUAAUCUCAUGUGAAAGUGUAAAACAGCAUUAUUAAAUAUACGACUUGUCGUCUCUUAAAGCC